CACGGUGUAGACUGCUCUUGGGGAUAAUCGGCAUUUCGGUCCGGCUUUGGUAGGAUUAUAUUAAAUUGAACUUGCGUCAAAGACCAAGUGAGUCCCUCCCUGUCCACACAAUGACGGCGGUGAUUACUUGGUUACGGCACCAGCAGGGAGUUGUGUGUACAAACUGAGAACUGAGGAGCCAAGGCCGGGCCAUGGGUGGGUAGGUGUGAUCCCGGUAGUUAUCUUUACAUGUGCUAUAAAAGGGCACUGUCUCGCAAAGGGGUCCCGGAUCAUCGAGUCGACUCAAAUCCGGCUCAUGGAUACUUCUUUUGCAACAUAGGCCCGGGCCGGGUAUACAACUCCCACACCACUGCAGACAGUCAAGUUUUAAAUAAUGAUGUGAUCAUCGGAAUAGUAGACCUAUUCGAGGGUGCAUCUGAUCAUCAUCAUAAUCAUGUACAGUCAAACCUCUUUAGGACGAACACUAAGGGUCCGGUGUUAUUUGUUUGCAACCAUGAACGGGAGUUCUUCUUAUCCAUAUUAAUUUUUAUCCAGUGAACACAGCGUUUUACUUUUAUCCAAUAAAGUCAUGUCCGGGCACCCACGUACCCGGUACCGGAUACCCGGCCGACCGUAGUGACCGGGCAACACUGAAAAGGUCACGUGCUAGACGGCCCCAGCGGCGUGGCACCCAAGCAAGCAACUCAUUUGCUGAGAAGGAAAUUUUGAAAAAAAAUCAUCAGUCAAAUUAAAUUUUGAUUCACUACAACUAGCACGUGCUACUCGUACUAGUACUAGCACUGUCGAUCAUCGAGCUCUCUGUUUCAAGAGAAGCUUACCUUUUUUUAUCCUCUGCUUCAUGGCGCUAAGCUCAUUGUGGAUUGGAGAAAAGAUCACUUCUAACCGUAGAAACAUGUUCAGCUCUGUCUUGUCUGUGACUGUCGCUACAUUGUUCCUGGGCUGUGCCUGUUUUUGUGUUGCUGGGUCCAAUGGGAUUGAGUGGUGCAUUCAGCCUUCAACGGUGCGGGUAGCUCAGGACUCUCUCUGCACGUCACCGAGCUUGGCACGUCAUGGCAGAAGAGAUAUCUCGUGGCACGCUAUGCGUGGUGAGCGUGAGAGUGCGCAGCUCGUUCUGACUAAGCCAGACGCUGGACUGCUUUCUGUCGAAUUUUCCGAUUUGAAGUCGACAGCUGGCGAUGUUAUACCUUCCCAGCAACUGGCUUUCAAACAAGUGAUGUAUGUGUUCUGCAGGAAAAGUCCUAGAGAGCACACGAACACGUCAGGCUGGUUUUCCGACCCUUUGCUGGACGCCGAUGCUGACGGUACAUUUCCCAUUGAAGCUGGCAGCACACAACCAGUAUUCCUGAGUGUCAAUGUCCCACGCAAUGCUGCAGCUGGCACGUACAUUGGUACAGUUCAGUUCACAUUGCAAACACCUACUGCUAAGGUAUCUGACACAGUGCCGCUCAGCCUGCAGGUGUGGAACUUGACUGUACCUGACCUGGCUGACAGCUCCUUCACCUUGUCAUUUUCCGUCGGCGGCAUUGCAGGUCGCUACUACAAUGGCAGUGCGUCCGUCCAGCAGCAGUUCUACGACAUGCUUACAGACUACCGAAUGCCGCCCGACCGUUUGUACCGACACACUCCUAUCUUGCCAGACGAAGCUGACUACUUGGUCCACACGGGCACAAGGUGGUUCAACCUUCUUGACCUGGAAAUGGUCGUUGCUCUUCUCCUGGAUAAUAUUGACUUGGAGCUUAAGGAUUUGCUGGAGCACGAUCAGUUUGGAGAGCGUCAGCGUUCCCUGCAGUGGAGUGGAAAAUGCUCUAUCCAUGGGAACGUAAGCAAUGAAGUAAUGGAGAAGGCAUUGACAAUACUGGAGCCUUUAGUCGAGCGUGCCGAAGCCAUGGGCUACGCGAAUCGAACAUACAUCUACGGGUUUGACGAGUCCCCACUGACCUGCUUGCCUGCCAUUCGCCAGGUGUUCGGUGGAGCCAAGGCCCGUUGGCCUCAUGUGCACACAACAGCUGUGUUGAACUGGGAAAGCAUUCCUGCUGAUAUCCCUGUUGAUACAUGGGUAUUUUCAUACUACAUGUGGGAUCCAUCACCGACUAGCACAGUGCGAGCGGCUGCCGAGCAGUUUCUGAAGAAUCGGCCCGAUCGGCGAAUCUCCUUCUACCAUGCGGUGGAUCCAGCAGCCCCAGCCAGGCUGAAUUCCUUCAUCGAUCGGCCACCUCUCGAGCCCAGGCUGAUGUUCUGGGAUGCAGCUGUUACAUCUCCCGUUGUGUCCGGCUGGCUCUACUAUGCAGUGAACGCCUGGAACAUCACAAACGGUUCAACAGUGUAUGUUACACGUGUGAACAACAGUGCAAGGAGUGAUUUUAAUGUGGCUCGUGACUUUGGUAGUGAUACCGACAUAGCCAAUGGCGAUGGGGUCUUCAUCUACCCUGGCCAGCACGGUCCUGUGCCAAGCAUAAGGAUGGAAGCAUUCAGAGAUGGUGCAGAAGAUGUUGAGCUUCUCCGACUAAUCUCUGCGGAGAAAGCCCAACCUCUGGUUAGUUUGUUGAUAAGAGCGUCUAAUGAUUUCACACUGGACCCCGUGCUCUUGGAGGAGGUCCGGCAGGAAGCAGCUAGGCUUGCCCUCUCAUCAUAGAUACUUCAACUGGUCAAUCUGGCAGUGUGCGACACAGCGUGCCAGGGCUGUUGCUCUGUGACCCACCUUCACUCAAUCACCAGACGUACUGGCGUAGCACGGGAUUAUUGGAUUCAGUGCUAGUUCAUAAUCUUAAUUUAUUUUACUCUUGAAAUGGUUUGCUAUGGCCACUCUAAAACUCUUGCACCUAGUGACUAAAUAGAGCAUUUUCAAUAUCCUUGAGUUGAUCCCUGCACGUAGCUGCAUGUAAUUUAUUUCACUUUAAAGGGGAAGUUAAGGCAAAAAAUAAAAUUUCACCAGUUGUAGUCUUCGGGGUGCUGAG